UCCCUCACAUGAUCCCUCUCUCUAAAGUCGCUGAGAAAUAACGGAGAUGAUGAUGUACGCUGUGAGAGCCGGUACCGCCAUGCGGUUGUUCGCUCUGCUCGGCAUCUUUGCAAUAUUUACGGGCCACUUCUGUGCCCAGAUACAGUGGACACAAGAAAAGCUGUACCACAAGGUGAGCACUCUGAGUUCCGAUGAUUUAGCAAGUGUUCUGGCUCAAACAGACAUUGACCGCAUGUGGAAGAAUGACCUGAAGCCCAUGCUGGUGGUGCGAUAUCCUGGCUCUCCUGGAAGCCAGGCAGUGCAGCAGCAAAUAAAAUCUACCCUGAACUCGUUGAAUGCAGGCUGGGAGGUGACCGAGGAUCACUUCCAAAACUGGACGCCUUAUGGCCAGAUGCCUUUCACUAACAUAAUCGCCACUCUCAACCCUGGUGCUAAGCGGCGCCUAGUGCUGUCUUGUCACUACGACUCAAAGUAUUUCCCACCUCAGUGGCACGGUCGGGAGUUUCUGGGAGCUACUGACUCAGCUGUGCCCUGCUCCAUGCUGUUAGAGAUGGCCAGGGCACAGGAUAAGGAGCUGAAGACAAUUAAGGAUGCAGGAUCAGACCUGACUCUACAGCUGAUCUUCUUUGAUGGAGAGGAGGCUCUGUAUCAGUGGACCUCUACUGACUCUCUGUACGGUUCCCGACAUCUGGCUACCAAAAUGGAGAACACAGCACACCCUUUGGGAGCCACAGACACCAACCAGCUAGAUGGCAUUGAUCUUUUUGUUCUGUUGGACUUGAUCGGUGGUCCCAUGCCUCGCUUCGGUAAUCAGUUCUCCAACACUGCCAGGUGGCUCUCCAAGCUCCAAAAUAUUGAGCGGCGCCUGCACGCACUGGGCCAGCUGGAGGAUCACCCUAAUGAAGUGCAGUACUUCUGGCCUGGCAUGCCUGUGGGUCCUGUGCAGGAUGACCACAUGCCCUUCCUUAGCAGAGGCGUCCGGGUCCUUCACCUUAUCCCCAGCCCAUUUCCCAUUGUGUGGCACACCUUUGAUGACAACGAGGAGAACUUGGACCGAGCUACAAUCCAGAACCUCAACAAGAUUUUGCAGGUCUUUGUGCUCGAGUAUCUAAACAUGAAAAGUCAGAAUCCACUUACACAGGCACCGUAAUAUUCCUUUAUCUUACGCCUAAUCGAUAACAACCUCAACGAAGCCACUAUGAAGACUUGUUACCACAAAACACCACACAAAUUAGUGUUCUAGUCACCAUGGUGUUAGAAUUAGGCUUAUGUAGGAUCAAAUGCAUAUUUUUGUGUAUUGAUUUAUAAUUGUACAUUGUACCACAUGAAUAAAUAUGCAUAUUAUUAUAUUGAGAUUAUUUUAGUAUCAGUAUAACCAGUAUAUUUGUAAGCUUUGACAUUCUAACUGGUGUACUUAUUUUCAAUCUGUUAUAAAUAUUACUGUUCUAAGACAUUGAAAAGAAUAUAUGUUAAGAUGAUCUUUUACUUGUUGUAUCAUUUAAAUUAUAUUUAAACACCUUAAUUUCUCUUAAUUGAUCGAUCUAAUAUCAGUCAAUCAAAUCUUUGCUUGUAUUUCCUCAUUUGUAAGUCGCUUUGGAUAAAAGCGUCUGCUAAAUGAAUAAAUGUAAAUGAAAAUCAA